AUGCAAAAUAGACAAUUAUUUGUUGUGUUAUGCGGUGCAUCGACAUUAGCUGGUGUUGUGAUUCUAUAUAAAUAUUUUCGAGAAAAAAGCAAAAAGCAAAAAGAUGACGAACAAAAGAAUCAGUAUUUGAAAUGUCGCUCAUUAUCUGAUUUUGAAAAUUUAGCAAAACAACGACUAAAAUCUCAUCGUUUCCAUUAUUAUGAUUAUAAAGCUGGUCAAGGACAUACGUAUCAAGCUUGUCGAACAUAUUUCGACAAACAAUUACGAAUUAUUCCAAGAGUUUUAAUCAACGUCGAAGAAAUAUCGCUGAAGACAACUAUAUUCGGAAAGACCUAUGAGUCACCCAUCAUUAUUGCUCCGACAACAUUUCAUUGUCUCGCAAAUAGAGACGGUGAAGUUGGCACAGCUCGUGGUGCAACAGAAGCACAAUGCAUUUAUACAUACAAUUGGAUGUAUUCAACUAAACCUGAAUAUGAAGUUUUACAAACAACCGGUCCAAAAUUUUUACAUGUUUAUCUGACAACCCCAACGAAAAUUUUGGAGAAAAUCGUUACUGAAGCUGAAGAAAAAGGUUAUCGAGCUAUUGUUGUCACAUGUGAUCAUCCAACGGAUCGAGUUCGAGAUGAUGUCUUACCUUUGUUUGAGGAAGCAUCGAAAACAAUCGAUCGAGAGUUAACAGAAUGUAUGCCAAUGCCAAACAUGAAUGCAAAAGACAUUAUCGAAAAACAAAAUUUUAGUACGGGUUCAAUCACAUGGGCAAAUGUCGAAUCAUUGAAACAGUUGACUAAAUUACCAAUUAUAUGCAAAGGAAUAUUAUCACCCAUUGAUGCAGAAUUAGCAAUCAAACAUGGAGCAAAUGGAAUCGUUGUGAGUAAUCAUGGUGGAAGACAAGUUGAUACAGCGCCAGCAGCGAUCGAAUGUCUAGAAGAUAUUGUGAAAGUAGUCGAUGGACGAGCUGAAGUUUUCGUUGAUACGGGUAUUCGAAGUGGAACAGAUGUGUUAAAAGCAUUAGCGUUAGGUGCACGUGGCGUACUUGUCGGUCGACCAAUUUUAUACGGAUUAACUUGCGGCGGACAUGAUGGAGUGAAAAGAGUAUUAGAAACACUGAAACGUGAAUUAAUGUAUGAUAUGGCUUGUUGUGGAUUAACAUCUAUUGAUCAAAUCGACGCAAAUAUUCUUUAUCAACACAUAUAA